UAGCCCUAAAAAAAUAAGAGCUGCCACAAUAAUUAAACAAUAACAGCAUACAAGAGCUGCUACACUUCUGUAAAAAUCCCACUCAAUCACUGUUCUCUUGGGGACCAGAAAUUGUUUUGAUUAAAUCUCUAAUUAUGUCUCCCUUGGCUCUGACAGGGGGGAUUCCUGGAAAACAAAAGUAACUAUUUCUUUUGGUGACAGUCACUAAGUCUGAAAUAUUCCUCCAGCCAUAAAAUGUUCCUCCAGCCAGUCACAGGGGUGGGGGCGGGGAGGGAGGGAAACAUUGAUAGAAAUGCAACAGCCUACAUCAGUGGUUCAGGUAAAGUCUGUCUGAUUACUUUUCCAAACGCUCGACACCACCAACACGCAGAAAAAAGGAAGUGUGACGGAAACUUACUCCAAGAGAAUAAACCAUGUACAAUUUGCCAACGUCUGUUGUACAAGAUACAGUGGAUUCCCGAUUUUUCGAACCUCCGGGGGAAACGAAAAUUGGUUCGAAAAAAUCGGAUGGUUGGAGAAAUCGGCGUUAAAAUUAUAGUGUUCGACUGAGGAGAGGGAAACGACUUUUGGUUCGAGUUAUCCGGAGGUUCGAAUAAAUGAAGGUUCGAGAAAUCGGAAUUCCACAUUACGUUAUUUAGCUUACACUUUUGCUCACCGCGAGUCCAAUCCACGUUCAAGGAGGAUUCGCUUUACUUCAUCUUUCUUCAUCUUAUUUAUUCGUCCAUUUGAGAGUGAUAUUUCCCGGUAAACUGGGUGAUCACAGUACUUUGUUGUGUUUUCAUCCGUACUUUCCUUUUCAUCGUCAACAAGGAAUCCUUCCGCCAUUUUUUGCAGUUUCGUUUUUGAAGCUAACCGCUGGCCUAAAAUCGCACAAAACCGGAAAUGCAAAUGACAACUCUUCCGGGUAAGUGGUGUUUCGGUUUGCGUUUAUGUUUACGUUAUGGCACGCAUCUGUUCAUUCCUUCUUUUAGCCGUACUUGCCGUUUUAACUUUCAGUGUUUUCUGUAAAGAUCUGCAGCCUUUUGGACUUUACAGAGGGGGUUUUUCAAAAUUGGAUUCAAAGUUACCUUCCAACCGUGCAAGUACAUUGAGAUCUGGUGGAGAGAUCUUGAACAAUAUAGCUGUGGAAAAGAAACUUACACCUUUGAACUACGAUGAUACAUUUGCCUAUGGCUGUUUACAUGACAUUCCAAUACCAAAUACAACGUUAGACACCUCAUUAACACCCCAGCAGGAAAGAACUGUUCUUAUGGAGAUAUUCAACCAAACAGCUGGUCAUAAUUGGUCCAACAACACAUACUGGGGAAAUUGCUCAGUAUCUCACUGCACCUGGUAUGGAAUCACAUGUGAUCGUACCAGGCGCUACGUCAUCAGCAUCUUUUUGACUGACAAUAACUUAGUUGGGACUCUUCCACCAAGCCUGUGGAAGUUACGUAAUUUGCAGGGUCUGUGCAUUGGCAGUAACAAAGAAUUGUCAGGUCAACCCAGUGAGUUUUUGUCUGCCAAUAUGACUCGCAUACUACGUCUCAAUCUUGCCUUCAACAAGUUAUCUGGUGUAAUUCCUGGUAAGAUUUUGGCCGCUAUAAAAUCGCUGGUCAAAAUCCAUCUUUGCUGUCAAAUGGGAGAAGGUCUUACUGGUGAAAUCCCUGAGGACAUUGGAAAUUUAACGGAAUUACAAGUUCUUAGUCUUGGGGGAAAUAAAUUGCAUGGUUCAAUACCGAAGAGUAUUGCAAAAUUGAAAAAGCUCUGGUUUUUGGAUCUUAUGGAAGCUACGUACUUACUUGGCGGUUUAGAAAACCUUUUCAACCUUUCUUCUUUACGUUUCAUGCAUCUUUCUGUCGCUGGACUAAAUGGAACUUUACCUGACGAGUUUGGAUUGUACUUUCCUGCAAUGAAUGAGUGUCUUUUGCCAGGAAAUAAUUUUACCGGAAAUAUUCCUUCAACAAUGGGCAACAUGACAAACUUGUGGCAUUUAGACGUAGGAAAUAACUGUUUUUCGGGACACAUUCCAAAAAGCAUUGGUUCAAUUCCAAAGCUUCAAAUUGCCGACUUCAGUGGAAAUCAGUUAUCAUCGUUAGAGGAAGGAUUUGAAUUUAAGUCGCAGUCGUUGGAAGUGCUUAUUCUGGCCAGCAAUAAACAGUUUACUGUGAAUUUCAAUACCCUCUUAGAAGCCAUGGAACCAAUAAAUGGAUCCUUGCGUAUUCUUGACAUCAGCAACUGCAGUUUUCUUGGAACUAUUUCUUCAAAGCUUUGGGACUUUAAAAGUUUGGAAUCUGCAAAGUUAAGCAAUAACUGGUUAUCUGGCAAGCUUUCUUCUCCCCCCGAUAAUAUGUUGUUUCUUGUCGAAAUUGAUGUCUCAGCAAACAACCUUUCCGGACAAAUUCCUCCAGAGUUUGCGAGAUUACUAGGGCUGAAAAACCUCGACAUUUCAAAUAAUCCUUCCAUGCAAGUAUCUCACAAGGAAAGUGGACCAUUUCCUAGCUACUUAACGUUUGAUUUUACGACUUUGACUCGCAGAAAUCCUUCUGAUAAGUUCAAGUGUCCCAGUGCUCACCUCGACUAUAACAACGGACUUGUGGUUUUAGAUCCUAGUUAUUAUCAUUACCGUCUGUGCAUUUGCGAUGUUGGAUACUUUGGCUCAGGCAAAACCUGCUUACCUUGUAUGCCAGGUGCAGUGUGCAAGGAUCAAAUGCUUCCUGUUCAGAAUAUGGUCAUCAAAGCGGGAUUUUGGCCGUCAUCACGUGAUCAGAACGUGACUCAUCUUGUUGACUGUUCACAGGCUUUGGGCACAAGUCCUUUGGUAAGCACGUCUUGCAACCCAACGGGUGCUUGCGACUGCUGGAUUGAAUCGACCUCAGCGGGAAAUGACGGAAAGAGCAGACCGUUAACCUUUUGCAAGGAGUCCUGUCUUUGUCGAAAAGGUAGCAAAGAUCGGUUUUGUUCACUCUGUGAAGAUGGCUAUUACAAACAGGGGAUCCUUUGCUACGCCUGCCCCAAAACCGAAGCCAGCGUCUACAUCUUGGCUGCACUUACUGCCGUCACUAUGGUGUUGUUGAUUCUUUCGUUUUUCCUGUAUGAAAGGAAGCGCUUUCUUGUUGUAGUAUUUGUUUUUUCUCAAUUAAUUUUGUUGGCAGUGUUGGCCAUACUCAACAUCAUUCCAGGCUGGCUGCUUGAACUCAACACAAUUGCUCUCUUUGUUGGUUUAGCUGGAAGAGGUAAGGCCGCGCGAGGAAUCCUAAAGAUCAGCGUGUUUUAUUUCCAAACUCUGGACGCUUUGAUUUCCAACAGUGACAUCUGGCCGGUUGAAGUUCUUAAAACUCAGCGCUACAUCAGCAAUGUGUUUAACUUCCAUUUCUCAGGUUUGGCGUGUGUGAUUCCUCGCCUGUUUACUCCACUCGGCGAGCUUGCAUCUCUUAUUCUCCUCCCUGUUGUCUGUGUCUUGGGUGUUUGGUUGUAUUGUGGUCUUGGAUACCUCUUAUUUGCUGUUCUUAGACUUGGCAAUUUGCAAGAAAGGCGAUUUCGAUUACGGAAUACCUGUCUACAACUGUCUAUCGUGUCUCUUAACCUCACCUAUUUUCCCAUUGUCAAGAAAAUAGCUUCUGUCUUGGCCCCUUGUGGAGAGGAUAACAAUUACCAUUACUUACGAGAGGCACCAUGGAUUGAGUGCAAAGGUCAUGUUUACAACACACUUCAAGUGUUAGGCUGGCUUGCAGUGUUUCUUUACGUGAUCGGGGUCCCUUUUGGAGUGUUCUUACCUCUUCUGCGGAGAGCUAUUGUCGCCACAAGAAACGAGCUGCCUCCGCAAGAACAAGAGGCUUUGGACAGUUGGCUAGGUUCUAUCUACCUACCAUACAAGAAAGAAUUCCGUUCUUAUUUUGAGAUAUGUUUCCUUAUGAGACGCAUGCUAGUUGCAUUCUCUCUUUCUUUCAUAUCGCGCGGUUCGUCAUUUCAGACGAUUGCAGUUUGCUUUGUACUGUUACUUUCUCUGUGCUUCCAGCUUUUCUUCCGGCCGUUUAGUGAUUCUUUCCAAACGAUUCCUUUGGAGAACACAGUCGAGGCCUUAGUUCUUUUGACCCUGCAUUUCUCCUUCACGAACAUCAGAUAUGCAGUUCAAAACCCAGAAUCCUCUGGAGCCAUCAUUUGGAUGCUUGUGUCGGUUAAUCUAGUUCUACUGUGUGUCAUUAUUAUUUCAAUAAUUGUUCUUCUUGGAAGAACAAAUGCAGUAGAAGUGCAUCUUAAGGUUCAUGAAACGGCAGGAGAUGAAGAGAACGCACCAGUCCUGCGUAGAGAUUCUACUUCGUCAGCCCUGGUUAGGAAUGGACCAGAAAAACAGUAUGGAACGUUUGAGGAGUCACAAAAUGGACAAUGAUGAAGUUGAUGGUUAUAUAUGCUCCUAUAAGUAACUAGUCCUUGUAGUCCAACGAAGACCGCAUGGAAACAUACUCGAAAUUGUUGAACACAAUAUUACAUAACUAAACAGCAGAUUAAUGUGAAUGUGAUGCCAUUCUGGAUAUUUUUUAAAGACCUCUUUCACGAUAGUGCAGGUAGUAAUGAGCAUACUGCAAGAAAUUGUUCUGUUUAGGUAUAUAGAGUUGCUCUCUUUUUAGGAGGAGGAGGAGGAG